AAAAUCGAUUCCUAGGCCCUAGCACACCACAAAGGGCGAUAAAAAGGCUCGUCACAGACUGACCGUCCUCACCAAGACUCCAACGGCGACCUGAAGGUUGAUAAAGGAGCAGAGUCGGACUGAGCUUGUCCUCAUAUCAGAUGGAAGAAUCAGAGAAAAGAAAAGAGAGAUUGAAAGCAAUGCGAAUGGAGGCUGCUGAGGCUGAAGCUUCCGAGAUUGCUGAUGGUUCUACUGCCCCUGGUUACCUAUCCAAUCCACUAAUUGAACCCUCUGCAAUUCCACUGGUGGAGGGAAGUUCACCUGCUGUUCCGCGGUUUGAUUUUUACACAGACCCAAUGGCAGCUUUCUCUGGUAACAAGAGGAGGAACAGCAGUAUGCAGACACAACAAAAUUAUAUCUCACCUACAACGAGUAGUGGAUCUCCCAGUACUAGGUUUCCAUCAUCUCCUUCAGGUCCAAGGAAUCUCGUCGUUACUCCGUCUCCUGCUCAUCAAUACCAUAGUAAUUAUUCUCCCAAUAGUUAUAAUCCCAAUCAAAGAAUAUAUGAAGCAUCAUUGAGUUUUGGUGGUUCAGAUUCUUGGAGAAGCCCAGUAGGAAUUGCUAGUCCUUUUCCAGGGUACCAAGGAAGAAGCCCAGUUGGAAUUGCUAAUCCUUUUCCAGGGCACCAAGGAACUCCUCCGGGGGUCUGGAACAGAUCUGGUGGCAGGGCUGGCUAUGGCUUUCGCUCCCAUUCACCAAGAGGUGUUGGUUUCCCCAGUCCUGGUUUUGGACGGGGUGGUAGCCCUAGUCCUAGUUCUGGAAGAGGAAGCAGUCAUCAGUUUAGUAACAGCCGCAGCCCUGGCUCAGGACGAGGUGGCGGAAGAGGGCGUGGUUUCCAUACUGUUGUCUCAGCACGGGAGAGACCAGAUAUGUUUUACAACAAGACCAUGGUAGAAGACCCAUGGAGGUUGUUGACUCCAGUUGUAAGAAGCUCAGGUGUGCAAGUGAAUGCACAGCAUACCCCUGGUUCUCUAAAAUCUUGGCUUCCAAAAACAGUUGGUCUGAAAAAGGCCAGAGUUUCAGAAGCUGUCGAUGACUUUAAUUCCCAAUCAAGCCUUGCUGAAUGCCUUGCUUCAGCUUUUGAGGAGGCUGUUAAUGAUGGAACAAGCAUAUGAGAGGUGGGUGCAACAGGAGAAGCUUGGUCCCAUGCGGGCUACUUUAGGAUCUCCCUUUGCUAUGCUUAUCUGAUCUCACUAUGAGUUUAUCUAAAAACCUACUGUUCCUCUAUUGCCAACAGCCCAAAAGGUGUCUGAGGAAGGUUCCAAAGAAUGCAAUGUCAAAGCAAGGGAGACCAUGAACAGGUAUGCCUAGGUAUGUAAUUUAUUCGAUAUCAUUGGGCCAAAAUUAUAAGUAGCUUCAUAUACACCUCAACACUGAGUCUUCCUAUGAAUUUGUAAUUUAAGCCAACUGUUAUCAACUCCAAGUUUCCAAUUGAAAAGGCUUGGCAUCUUGUGGUUGUUGGAAAUUUUUGUUUUUGACAUAGAUAGAUGCCAUUAGCAAGGUACUCUGAAGUUAUCUUUGGAAUGCUGAAUUCCUUCAAAUUGUUUUUUUUGUAAUAAUCUUACUUAGCUGUAUGUCUGCCCAUCACAGUUCUUUGGAAAAGAAUGCAUUUUACUUUAAAUAAGGACCUACUACGGGUGUUCAAAUUUUAUUCUUGUGAAUAUACCAUUCAUCAACUAUUUUGAUUACUGGCGAACUUUGAAUAUCUUCA